ACUCAGCUGAGAUCAUGGCGUUCGAUGGUGCUUGGAAAGUUGACCGAAGUGAGAACUAUGACAAGUUCAUGGAAAAAAUGGGUAUUAAUGUGGUGAAAAGGAAGCUUGCAGCUCAUGAUAAUUUGAAGGUGACAAUUACACAAGAUGGAAACAAAUUCACAGUCAAAGAAUCAAGCAAUUUUAGGACCAUUGAAAUUGUUUUUGAACUUGGUGUCACCUUUAAUUACACCUUAGCAGAUGGAACUGAAGUCAGUGGGGCCUGGACCAUUGAAGGAAAUAAACUUGUUGGAAAAUUCAAACGGCUGGACAAUGGAAAUGAACUGAAUACUGUCCGAGAAAUUGUAGGAGGUGAAUUAGUCCAGACUUAUACAUACGAAGGAGUAGAGGCCAAGAGGAUCUUUAAAAAGGAAUGAGCAUUGUUCUUGGAGCAGGGCCAAGAAUAAAACUUGGAUGAAAGAUCUGUAUUGCAACAAAACUGUUUUGCUUUCCUCAUGAAGUAUAAGGUUACUGACUGAUUAAUCCUUUUAUAAACAUUGAUGUAUUUUCAGUCUUGCCAAAGCAAAAGAAGUAAACACUAAUUCAGAUUUAAUGUGUUUUUCAUUAUUUAAGAUAUGCACUUAUCAGCCUUCUAAAGAAAUUCUGCAACAUUUUAAAAUAAAAAUAUUGUUCCCACAUCGCUGUAUUAGUAGCCUCUCCCUUAAAAAAAAAAAAAGCUAUGUGACAAAGACUGUUAACAUGUGGUAAACCAAGUAUGCACUGCAUGAGAAUUUUUAAAAUGUUACCCUGAUUGU